AACCAAUACCCAAAAUUCCCUUUCCCCUCGACAUAACAAUAACAACACCGUAAAGAGAAGGAAGAAAACAGGACAAAAGAAAUCCCUACGUCUUCCUCCCGAUCAAAAAAAAAAAACAUCCAAUCACAAAAACAAAACAAUGGCGCGCCGAUCCCUCCCCGAUCUCCUGAAACGCCUCUCCCCCGCCACGGCGGCCCGCUCCAUCACGUACAUGCCGCGUCCCGGCGACGGGACCCCACGCGCCGUAACCCUCAUCCCCGGCGACGGGAUGGGCCCCUUGGUGACGGGCGCGGUGGAGCAGGUGAUGGAGGCGAUGCACGCGCCGGUCUACUUCGAGCGGUACGAGGUGCGCGGCGACAUGAAGGCUUUCCCCUCGGAGGUGAUCGAGUCGAUCCGGCGGAACAAAGUCUGCCUCAAAGGCGGGCUGAUCACCCCCGUCGGCGGCGGGGUGAGCUCUCUGAACGUGCAGCUGAGGAAGGAGCUGGACCUCUACGCUUCGCUGGUGAACUGCCGGAACAUGCCCGGGCUGCCGAUUCGGCACGAGAAGGUGGACAUCGUGGUGGUGAGGGAGAACACGGAGGGGGAGUACGCCGGGCUCGAGCACGAGGUGGUUCCCGGCGUUGUUCAGAGUCUUAAGGUGAUAACGAAGCACUGUUCUGAGCGGAUUGCAGAGUAUGCUUUCGAGUACGCCUACCUGAACAACCGGAAGAAGGUGACGGCGGUGCACAAGGCCAACAUCAUGAAGCUCGCCGACGGCCUCUUCCUCGAAUCCUGUCGAGAAGUCGCCGAACGGUACCCUGCCAUCGCCUACAACGAGAUCAUCGUCGACAACUGCUGCAUGCAGCUCGUCUCCCGGCCCGAGCAGUUCGACGUCAUGGUUACCCCCAACCUCUACGGCAACCUCGUCGCCAACACGGCCGCGGGCAUUGCCGGAGGCACAGGCUUCAUGCCUGGAGGGAACGUGGGAGCGGACCACGCUGUGUUCGAGCAAGGCACGUCGGCUGGAAACGUGGGGAAGAAUGAAAAUAUCAUAACUGAGAAGAAGGCCAACCCAAUGGCUCUCCUGCUUUCAUCGGCCAUGAUGCUCAGGCAUCUCCAGUUCCCGUCGUUCGCCGACAGGCUGGAGACCGCCGUCGGGAGGGUUAUUGCGGAUGGAAAGUGUCGGACCAAGGACAUCGGCGGGGACAGCACCACACAAGAAGUCGUCGACGCCGUCAUUGCCAACAUCGACUGAAAUUUUGAUUCAAUGGAAGAAACACUAAAAAACAGAGUACUCUGCCCCUCCCAAAGAUCUUGUUUAUUUUCCCCCCUCAUUUUUUGAAUAAACUAAUGCAUAGAGAGAAUUGACAGAUUCCUACAUUUUUGUUCUUUGAUUUUUUUUUUGGUUCUGGCACCAAAUUUUGAAUAAACACUAAUACAAUGCCUCCCUUACUGUUUCCUCUGUUCUUUGAUGAUAUCUUCAAUCAACGUGGUAACAUUUGUGUGAGAAGAUCCUCCAUUUCCCACAGCUCGUUUCGCCAUCUCGGCGAGCUCUUUUGCUCUUGUCCUUCUUGCUUCUCCUUCCUCUCCACCAUCCAUCACCAAUCUCACUGCCCGCUCCACUUGCUCCCUCUUCACGAACACUUCCUCCGUCUCGUUUCCAUUCCAGUAUGUGGGACGCCAUGCUCCAACUUUCACCCCAAUUUUCACCACCUCGACGAUCAGCUUCUCGUUGCAGAACUGGUCGCCGAAUAGAGGCCAGGUUACCAGUGGGAUCCCCGCGCUAAUCCCUUCUAAGGAAGAAUUCCAUCCACAAUGCGUCAUGAACCCUCCGAUCGAACGAUGACAUAAGAUCAUUAACUGGGGCGCCCAUCCUCGUAUCACCAUGCCCUUCGAAGAGACUCUCUCCUCAAAUUUCUCUUCCUCCAUCCAUUGAAAAAGCUCCUUCGUCUUCUCAAUCUCUCUAACGACCCACAGAAACGUCUUGUCUGACGCCUCGAGCCCCAGAGCAAGCUCCAUAAGCUGUGCUGACGAGAGGUUGCAUAUGGAGCCCAAGCAGACAUAAAUCACGGAAUUUUGCUCCUUGUCGUCCAACCAUCUCAGACAUUGGUCGACGUGAGCUGAUGACGACGAGGACGAUGAGACGGAGGAGUUCCCUCUCUCCAACUUAUCCAAUUCGAAACAAUUCGUCAGCGAAACGGGCCCAACGCACCAAACCCUCCCCUGUUUCGCCACCUUGAGUUCUUCCAGGUACUCUGCCUCCAGUUCCUCGAACGUGUUCACAAUGAACCCGUAAGCAUCCGAUUCCGCCUGGCUCACAUCAUCCAAAUUCCCUUCUUUGGUCGAAUCGCUCGCUAGAUUCUUGCAAUGCAUCGGGAGCUGCGCUCUGGUGAACUCGAUUCCGCCCGGAAACCCCUGGAGGACGAAGUAUUCGUGCUUGGACAUCGCUUCGAAUUCGUCCCCGUGGAGCUUCACGCAGCGGAGGCAGAGGAGGCAGAAGCAGCUGAACCCGUGGAAGCUGAUCCGCGGCACAUCGAACUUCUUCGCUAUCCGGUUCGUGUAAGGAAGGCAGAAAUCGGAGAUGAUGCAGCUGGGAGGUGGUUCCAGGGUCUCGAAGAGGGUUUCCACCUGUGGCUCCAUUAACGCCGCGGCGCGGUAGAUGUCGAUGAGGGAGGUGAUGGAAGGGAGCAGGUCGACAUUCUCGCAGUUUUCGGGGAGCCCUGCCUCGGAACAGGGGAGCCGCAGGGAGAUGACGUUGAUUGGGAGGCGGAGCUCGUCGAUUGCCCUGUCGAGCGGGGACUUGAACCUCGCCGCGUUGACUGGAGUCGUCACGAUCGUGACGACGACAUCGGGGCGGGAUGCGAGGAGCUUGGCGAUGUCGACCAUGGGGAUCAUGUGGCCUUGCGCCAUGUAUGGGAACAGAACGAAGUGAACUUGUUGCUGGGUUUUAGUGGUGGAAGCCAUUGUUGUGGGUUAGCGAUUGUGAACCCUUCCUUUUUUAACUUCGGCUGGAUCUGAAUGAUGAAACCUGCAACUCUUGAAGGUGAUAAAAUGAGCUGUUAGUUUCAUGGGUGACGCAAGGGCAAAUGUAAGCAGAGUACGACGGGGGAUGGGACAACAGUUGUCUUGUUGCCUGAAACUGAAAGGCAGGGUGUAUGGUUGCAGUUGCUGUAGAUCUGUGGAAAGAAUGUACAAAGAUUAGGUUGUAUAUAUGGUUCUGGAUCAUCUUAACUACGCGUUUCUUAUGCUACUGGAAGCCCG